UCAACACUGACUUGAAUGUUCAAGUUCCGAUUCCAAUUUUGAUGAGAAUCCAAACUACAUCAUAUCAUUCUGCCUUCUAGAUACGUAGAACUAAAGGAUUUAGGACCGGCCAUCCUAAAUAUCACAUUGAUAACAACGGAGAGAUUCAUUUCCUAACGUGAUACACGCGUAUCGGGCCUUGUUCUCUUGAGUUUCUCGCGUUUAACGUAUCGAUUAUUGAGGGAGAGACUCGGGUAGAACAGCUGCAAGUGACAACUCAUCUGUUAGGAUUCCCCGUCUCAACCAUAUCGGAAAUCACCACUUUUGCUUUCAUCCUUGACUCAUCGACUUUAUCGUCCUAUCUUAUCCUCUCGCCGCUUCGCCCUUUGAUCUGUUCGUCCGCCGCUACGUCGUGUAGAAUCCUGGCGUGUUUUCAUAAUGGCUGGCUCCCUGGCGGCGCUUAAGAACUUGCCUUGCCCGGCGGGGGAUAACUGUGAUGCUUUUCAGUGCCUUUUCAAGCAUAAUAAAGAUGCCAAUAUAGCUCCGACUGCUAAAAGCUCGGAGCAGCAGCUCGUCCAUGCAACCGCUACACCAUCUUUGGAUCAAGCCUUGCCGAGAAAAAGGAUUAAACUGGACUCAACAUCGUCACAUCUAGAACCAAAAGAGCGGUCACCUACAGCAUCCGGGAAACCUGCGUCAGCACAGUCUCAGAUUAAAAAACCCCAAAGGGCUAUGUCUCCUCAAAACGAACCGGCAGUUAGUAAAAUGCCCAAGCCUUCACUCACUACAGACCGAAAGCACCGUAUCUCAACUGGAGAAACCAGCCAGCUCGAUAGUAGACAAAAUGAGGGCCUGGUUGGUAACCAUUCUUCUAAAGCUCAAGGAUUAAAGAGUUCAUCAAACUCUACACACACACGCAAUACCCUAACACCUUCCUCUACUGGGCAAUCAUCUAAACCAGUACCCAAACCAACCCCUAAGAAACCAGAAGCACUAAAUCCCCGCCUCCUCAAGUCAUCGCCAGCUAAGCACGACACCCGAUUGAAACUCGUCAAGGCUCUACAUGAACAAUACGUCCGCUUGAACACCGGGUUGAGGAAGGAUACCGAUAAAGCAGUAUCGAAGCUGGUUCUUUCCGACCAGGAACUAAUCGUGAAGACGCUCGAUGACGAGCAAGAGAUAGCAAUCAAGCGAUUCCAGAUAUAUGCUAACGCCAUCAGAAACAAAAUCAUGGCGUAUAAGCGCAUGACCGUUGCCCAAUGGAAAGAGGAAAGGAUGCUGGCUACUAAAGAUAAUAACGCACAGAACGAAGGGAAUUCACCAGCUGCGCCCGAACCCGUCGUUACCGGUUUAACCCCGGCUCAGGAGGUUGAUUUCUUGCAUAGGCUGGUCUGGCCUCUCGAUGGCCUCGAGAAGUAUGGCUAUGUGGCUUCGAUCCCGUCAGUUGAGGACAUCGAAAAAGCCAAAGAAAGCGUCGAAGCUUCCGGUAACGUGGAGGUAUGCGACAGAUGUACGCGACGGUUCCAGGUCUUCCCUGGUCGUAGAGGAGAGGAUGGAGCUUUGACAUCUAAUGGUUCUUGCACAUAUCAUCCGGGCAAGGUUUAUUUUACGGAGCGAGGACCUGGUAAAUUAGCGAAAAGCCAGAAGAAAUAUCGUUGCUGCCACCAAAAUGUUGAUGAUGACUCGGGAGGAUGUACUACGGCACUUACUCACGUUUUCAAGACAACAGAUCCCAACCGGCUUGCGAGUCUACUCAACUUUGCUGAGACUCCCCCUAAUCCGAAUAUCCCCGCGGACAGAGCCGUGUGCUUCGACUGCGAGAUGGGUUAUACCGUUUAUGGACUUGAGCUCAUCAGAUUGACAGCAGUAUCUUGGCCUAGUUACGAGCUGUUGCUAGAUAUCCUUGUUCAGCCGUUCGGGGAAGUUUUGGAUCUGAAUACUCGUUACUCUGGCGUGACUCCCGAGGAUAUGGUUUCUGCCGAACGAUGGUCUCCAGGAGACGAUCAUAAACCAAAUUCCACUACCUCUGAGCACAAGCCAAAACUUAAGCUCGUUCCGUCCCCCAAGGCGGCACGGGACCUCCUAUUUUCACUUAUCUCUCCCGAGACCCCUCUCAUAGGGCAUGGUCUCGAGAACGACUUAAACGCCUCCCGAAUUAUCCACCAUACCUGCGUUGACUCAGUCCUACUAUUUCCGCAUAAGCGAGGCUUGCCACAUAGAAACGGUCUUAGGAUGUUGAUGGAAACACUGUUAAACCGGAAGAUCCAGAAGGAAGCGGACGAGACUACACCAGAGGGGCACGACAGCGCAGAGGAUGCCAGAGCCGCAGGGGAGCUGGUUAGACUAAAGGUGCGGGAUGAGUGGAAGGAUUUUAGAAUGAAGGGUUGGUCCCUACAAGAUGGAGAAAUCGUUCCGCCGGAUGAAGCAUGGACAGUAGUAGGGGCAAAGAAGUAAGGCAUCCGUCCGAUGGAGGAAAUUGCCCAUUGUUCCAUGUAAGGGUUUUAAAGGUUACUUCACUAUACCGCACGGCGCUGGUAGUUUCGUUUAGCCUUUCCUGGACGGGCUAUAGAAUCGUGUCAUUUGCUUGGGGCGUAUUACGUUGAUAGAUUCGUCUGAAUACGAUAAGGAACGCAGGAAUGAAUAAAUAUUUAAUCAUCAACAACGAA